AUGAGAGUGGACAACAGCUGCGCCAGUCGCCCUUGUCUAAACGGGGCAACGUGCGUGGACACGAAGCCCAACUACCUAUGUUUAUGUGCUAAUAAGUUUGAUGGCAGACACUGCGAAUAUAGACAAUGGAGGGCAAAAUUUACCAAUUUAGGCGCCGAAGGACGCACUGGGCCUAAGGACCUCGGACACCACUACACUGGGCAGGACCACGACGGACUGGUCACUCUACGUGACGGUAUCCAGUACUUUUCAGUCCCUCACAGUGGACAAUACAUGAUACAGGCUGCCGGAGCAGCAGGAGGCACAGACAGGCAUAGUAAAGUACGUAGUCACGGCGCAUUCGUUCAGGGCACAUUUAACCUGACAAAAGGAACUAUACUGAAAAUCCUCAUUGGUCAAAUGGGCGGCUUUAAUGAAUACGGAUUUAACAGUGGUGGCGGCGGUGGGACAUUUGUAGCUACAGAGGACAACGAACCUUUGAUAGUGGCUGGUGGUGGAGGGGGGAGGAAUAACUUAAUGCAGCGACUACCGGCCUGCGAUGGGACUGUCGAAAUAAAGAGCGCCAUUGGUAAAGACAGCCGCGACAAAUCGUGGAUGAAGCAAGUCAGUUUUGGCGGCGGAGGUGGCGGUUUCUACCUAGACGGCGCUGGUUCUGGGAGUCGCGAGCGGUUCGGGAAGGCUGAAGGCGGACGGUCGUUUCUGAAUAACGGAACGGGAGGUAGUGGAGGUUAUCAUACAACGGAUGGAGGGUUUGGGGGAGGGGGUGGAUCCACUGGCUUUAGUGGAAGCGGUGGGAGUGGUGGCGGGGGUGGGUACGAAGGUGGAACAAACCGAGGGGAUUGGGAUCAGUGGUCAUUGUGCGUUGCAGGGGGGAGUUCGUUUAACAACGGGACGGAGCGCAACGGAACCAGCGGCGCCAACAGCGGUCACGGCUACGCUGUCAUUACUCUCUUAGGCAAAGGAAUCGUAUUGACCAAACGACCGAAGGACAAAGACGAAGGUUUGUCCGCCGAAGGGAACAGUACGACGGUUUCACGGUCCCAGUUUCAGAAACUGCGCAAUGAAUUCGACGGCCUAAUCAAAGUUGUCGGUCGUUUGCAAGGCAAACUAAACCGUAUGGAGAAAAAACACAACAUACUCAAGGAAAAAUUCAACAAAUAUGUUCAUAGCAAUGACAAGAAGAGAAAGAAGACAAACAUUCCAUCAAGAAAGGACCCUUCCACAUAG